UUAAGGACUGCAGUGAUUUCCAGGCUGGUUCUGAAAUCCUGUCAAAAGGAAGGUUUGAUGCCUUGGAUGAAACAGCUAUUUCUGGCAUAAGCUGCAAACAUGGAUUUCCCAUGAAGUUCUUGAAUUUGAAAGGAGGUGAAAGGGUAUGCUGUCUAUUUAUUGAAAGACCUUGUAGCAACUUAGGGGAAUGGAGUAACAAUACAUUUCAUGUAUGACAUUUGCUGCCUUUUUGAAAGUCACAUCAAGAAGCAAAAAUUUGGGGACCUUUUAGAUGAAGUUGAACUUGGCUGCCCACAGUUUCAUGUUUAUGGACAUGGUGCCAAAUGCCAGUUGUUGUAUAGUCCACUGCGCUUAGAAGGCUGGGGGAUGGUUGAUGGGGAAGUACUGGAGCGUCUUUGGUCCUACCUUAAGCAGUUUAAGAAAAUGACAAAGGAAAUGUCUGCAAGUCACAGAGAAGAUAUUAUUUCAGAUGCUCUGUUCUAUCUUUGUGAAAAACAGAGGUCAAGACUCGUCCUGUUGUUGGUGAAACAGAGGAGGAGAGUGAUUGAACUAAAAAAAUCUGCUGAGCUGGAGUUAGAAGAAAUCAAAAAGAACUCUCCUGUACCUAUUAGAGAUGAAAUGAUCGAGGGAUGGAAAAAUGAUGAGGCUGCCAUCCUUAAAAAGUCUAAACCUGAUGAUGUUGAUUUGGGUCCUCAUGGUUGGGUGAUACAGUACUUCACUCUUCUGCAGA